AUGCUGGACCCACCUCAACUCCGAGUGGGCCUUCUGGAAGGUUGUAUCGAAGACCUUCAGGCUUCAACCCAACUCGCGAUCAAUAUCACUUACGCGCUAUUGGCGUUUGACCUCGCAUGCUCAACUGACAUUGAGCAGACCAAACUCAGCACUGGUAUCAUUCUAUCUCACUCAAAGAAUGCCGCUCUCAAGGAAAAAGUCCUGACCUCUCGGACACCGUCCACAUCGUUAGGGAUGUUGGAGGAACUACCAGAGAAUGCUCCCCAACUGGGAGAUCCCAGUGACAUAACAUCUAUGCCCACGAAUCCCCCACUUCAGACCGCGAAUAUCAUUCCUGGCAGUUCUGAUCUAAACUGGAAUGUCGUCGUCGACAGUUCUGCUGAAAGAUCGUUUAGCAUGCCAAAGCUAGGUCCGGCUUUAGACAUGCCCGCCAUGUCUGCUCCGUGGAUUGGGGUACAAGGAUUCUCCGAGAUCGAGGCAGAGACAUCCGAUGUUGCAAUUAUGGGAAUCCCAGACAAUCAUCAAAAUGUCUCGAAUCAGUAUAAUUUGGACAACGCGAUCGCGGUGCCAGGCUCAGACAUCACAGCUCAUGUACCCUCACCAACGUCCACCCAGUUGCUCCCACCUCGCCGAACCUUUCAGGCACGGCGGGUACUCAGGCACAGUGCACUAAGCAGGAUAGCUCUAGGGCAACUAGCGAGCUUUCCAAAAAUGAUGAUACAAGGCGACCGUCUACCACCGUUCAUCUGUCCGCCGUGCCACCUGCAUGAAGAGCUCGCGUUCGAUUGUGUGAAAAGCAGGAGACACUGUUGCCUUCCCAAGGAGUUGGCAAUAUGCGCCGGCACAGUAGAGAUGUUCUACUCUCGAACGGCACAAAAUUCCGAAUUUGUAUGGAAGACGAUAUAUGCCGAGAUAGAGAGGCUGCAAAAAGAGCAUGAGAGUUUCGACAUAUACCAGCAGCUCGCUGCUUUACAAUGCUUAGCAAUCUAUGUACUGCUCCAAGCUCAAGAUGUCGAAACCAGUGAGGCCAAUGAAGCUUCCUCUCUCUUAACCACCACGAUUAAUAUUUGCAUGAGCGUCGGUCAAAGAAACAAGCCAGGAACUGACACCAUACACGAGACCCCUCUAUGGUCGAAGUGGGUUCAUGAAGAGAGUGUGAGAAGAACAAUAACCUUGCUUGUGAUUAUCGACCUUAUGAUGGAUUGUCUCUUGGAGCCAGAGAGGAGCGUAUACCAUGCAUGCAGCUACAAUCUUGAAAACAUCCCACUCCCAGCGACACGAGAUCUUUGGGAGGCACAGUCAAAUUUCGUCUGGAGAACCGAAUAUGAAAGGUACCUUUCCCGGCGUCAGACCAAAAAGAUCUUGACCAUAGGGGAUUUGUUAGAGCUAGAUCAAGCGGGCGCUCUGAGGGACGUGUCGCGGGAUCAAAAAAUUAAUGUUGUGCCUGACAUUCUUAAUUGGUGUGAUGGCUUGGAUUCUCUGGGCUCGCUGCUGUGGACGGUCAUGCCUUUUCAGCAGUGGCGAUCGCUGGCUGGCAUGAAUGAGGCGUGGUAG